AAUCUCAAGAUUAUGUUUUUGUGGAAUAAAGUUUCUUUAACCAAAGUAUGUACUGUAAAGAAUGAGUGGAAUUUAGUUAGAGAUUGGAGAAUUCUGACUAUUUUGUAAAAGGAACUCUGAAACCUGAUAUCCCAAAGGGGUACACUUAUUGUGAGUAGACUAAAAAGUCUGGUGAAGAACCAUUUAAAUUGUCUGGGUUGUCCUAUAAUAACAGAAAGUUAUCAGCCAUCGUUAUAUCCUCUACCAUAGCUACCAGUAGAGUUAUAACAUUUAGAUGCCGAAAGUAAACUACUUCUUGCUAUAGGCCUUAUCACUUACACAAAACAGUAUUACUAUAAUAACACGGAUGCUAGAAAACAAUUGAGUGAGAAUGCCAGAUUUGACAGCUUCAUAGCGAAUAAUGGUACUGGAUUUCGUGAAGAGGUGAGCAUUGUACUCUCAAACAUAACCAGUAACAGCAGACUUGACUACUACAAUCUAAACAUUACACUAUUAGGAUUCUAUGGAGGGAAAUGCCAUAGAAAUCGACCUUUCUAGAUAAUCUCCAGGCCAUUCACACCCACCAUUCUGAUGUUAAGAGGGGUCAAGGAACAGACGUCUCUACCGUCAUUACACUUGAAUACUAUGGAUUAAAAUCUCUCUGGUAAUUUGUAUUGGCGUUCUUGAGUGUGUGUGGUAAAUAUUGCUGUCUCCAAUUCUUUUCACAGUUCUAGUCGAAAUCUUUUGGUGAAAAUAUCGAUUGUUAGGUAUUUCUUAUUUUGGAGAGAUGUUCUCUGAAAUUUAUCAUCUUAGGCUCUUUAACUACGAUGAAUAAGCAUUGGAAGUCCAUUCCGAUAGAGAUAAAGGCAAUGGCCAUUUUCAAGGUUAUUCCAAAUAGUUAAACGGCACAUACAUCGAUAAAUGGUUAAAUCUAAAAGGAAUAUUGUAUUCUGACUCCAAAGAAGGACUCAGGACACGUAAACGACCAGAGGGUCGGGAAGUAACCAUUAAAAUCCAAAAUUCGGCAACGUAAACAAUGAUUUCCGAGGAAAAGUCUCCUUUAGGCUCGUUGUUAAGCCGAGGGAACCUCCAGAGGAAGUCAUCACACCUGAAUAAAACAAUAGGGGACGACAACGUCGGAAUGCAAACUGCAGCGAGUGAAAUCUCAACUUCACGAGCUGAAACGAUAAAAGGUGUCACAAAUCCAACAUUAAUAUCAACAAGUGAUGUAGCUGACAACAGGUCUACGUUAUCCCUCGUUGAAGGGCAAUGCCUACCUGAAUCUAAUCAAAAAAUCUUUUCUAAAUGGGUACGAGCUUGCGAUCAUACAGAGAGUAAACAGGGAAACAUAUUGCCUCUUAAAAAGCAACAAAAACAUGAUGAUAAUGGAAGAAUAGGACCCAAACUACUCGUUAAACAAACUGGUACAACCUACCGUGCAUCAUUCCAAACUGACGACAAAGAGUUCAACAAUGACAUACUUGGCACUAGAAGACUUUAUUAUAAUCUAGCUGACGUAAGGUUAGCGUUAACCCUGGACGAAUUGCAAUGUGGACCUGAAUUUAAUCGAAAAAACUUCUUCUUAUAUAAACAGGUGGCGACUUGUAAAACUACCCAGUGUAGACGGGGGAUAAACAUAACUUUUAAAAAGCAAGGCGGUAAUAAAACUAUGGCGCUUAUAGUAAUCGUUGAAGAACCAGUAAGUCUCUCUAGGAGAUUCGCUGGAAUCCUCAGUAAGAGGAUAAACUCAAAUGGUCAAGAAAUCAAGGUCAGGUCGAAAUACAAUCGAAAAAUCUUAUUUAUAAAGGCCUGUUCUGAUUAUUCCCCAAACCUACAGGAAACUGUAGUGUCUACAAGGGUGUAGGAACUAAUCACGCACAUAUAACAAUCCGGUACGUACGGGGUAGGUAAUUUGUUGUUG